CCGAAUCGCAGGGGAGGAAGCAGAGUUGGGUCAGGGAGGCUUCCCUGGUUAUUUAUUUUCUCCCCCCACCUCCCUCACUCCCAACCCUGCAGAGGUGUCUUCUCCUUGGGGGGCCACCGGCUCACCAUGAUGUUUCGAGACCAGGUUGGCGUGUUGGCCGGUUGGUUCAAGGGCUGGAACGAGUGUGAGCAGACUGUUGCGCUGCUCUCCCUGCUCAAACGCGUCAGCCGGACCCAGGCUCGCUUCCUCCAGCUCUGCCUGGAGCACUCCUUGGCAGAUUGCACCGAGCUCCACAUCCUCGAAGGGGAAGCCAACAACCCUGGAAUCAUUAACCAAUGGCAACAGGAAUCCAAGGAUAAAGUGAUUUCCCUAUUGUUAACCCACCUGCCUUUACUGAAGCCUGGGAACAUCGAGGCAAAAGUCGAGUACAUGAAACUCUUGCCUAAAAUCCUGGCACACUCAAUCGAACACAACCAACACAUCGAGGAGAGCAGGCAGCUGCUGUCCUACGCCUUGAUACACCCCGCCACCUCUUUAGAGGACAGGAGCGCCCUGGCCAUGUGGCUCAACCACCUGGAGGACCGCACGUCAGGUGGCUUUGGUGGCCAGAACAGAGGUCGGUCGGAUUCGGUGGACUACGGGCAGGCGCACUACUAUCACCAAAGACAAAACUCCGACGACAAACUCAACGGAUGGCAAAACUCUCGAGACUCUGGCAUCAGCGUCAGCGCCUCCAGCUGGCAGGACAAAAACCUGGCGUGCGAGAACGGCCAUCUGCCCCUCUACUCCUCCUCCUCCGUCCCCACAACCAUCAACACCAUCGGCACUAGCACAAGCACCAUUCUCUCAGGCCAGACACACCACAGCCCUUUGAAACGCUCUGUGUCCCUUACCCCACCCAUGAAUGUGCCAAACCAACCUCUAGGACAUGGAUGGAUGUCUCAUGAGGACUUACGAGCUAGAGGACCCCAGUGCAUCCCUUCCGAUCAUGCCCCCCUGUCUCCACAAAGCAGUGUAGCCUCUUCGGGAAGUGGUGGGAGUGAACAUUUAGAAGAUCAGCCUUCUGCUCGUAACACAUUCCAGGAGGAAGGGAGUGGGAUGAAAGAUGUCCCAGCCUGGCUGAAGAGCCUGCGGCUGCACAAGUACGCUGCCCUCUUCUCACAGAUGACCUAUGAGGAGAUGAUGGCCCUCACUGAAUGUCAGCUGGAGGCACAGAACGUUACCAAAGGCGCAAGACACAAAAUAGUCAUCAGUAUCCAAAAGCUAAAAGAAAGACAAAACCUGCUCAAGUCUUUAGAAAGGGACAUCCUGGAAGGUGGCAACUUGCGUGUCCCACUGCAGGAACUACACCAAAUGAUCCUCACCCCCAUCAAAGCCUACUCUUCCCAAAGCUCAAGCACGGAGGAGCACAGCCGGGAGGCAGACUCGCACCACCCCUCCUCCCUGCUGGGCUCGGACAGCCAAGGCUCCGAGUGCAAGGACUCUGCCGCAGCGGGGAUGCCGCAGCAUCACUUACCCGGCUGCGAGGGCGAGUCGGGGGGCGCCCCUCUGCCUGAAGGUGACCUGCCUGGACAGUUCACCAGAGUGAUGGGGAAAGUAUGCACACAACUUCUAGUUUCCCGACCUGACGAAGAGAAUAUAAGUUCCUAUUUACAGCUCAUAGACAAAUGUCUAAUCCACGAGGCGUUUACAGAGAUCCAGAAGAAGCGGCUGCUGUCAUGGAAACAGCAGGUGCAGAAACUCUUUCGGUCUUUCCCUCGGAAAUCCCUCUUGGAGCUAUCAGGCUACCGGCAGCAGAGGAGCCGAGGCUUUGGUCAGUCAAACUCCUUACCGACAGCUGGAUCUGCAGGGGCAGGACUGGGCCGGCGAAACCCUCGCCAGUUCCAGAUCCCCUCCCGUAACCUCCCCACCACCCGGCUGGGGCUGCUGGGUCCCAGUGGGCUACUGGGCACCCCCCAGCGCAGCCCUGCUGCCAGUCCUGCCAUCCUCAAGCAAGGCAGACAGAACCUCUGGUUUGCCAACCCUGGGGGCAGCAACAGCAUGCCCAGCCGGAGCCACAGCUCAGUGCAAAGGACACGCUCGCUGCCGGUCCACACCUCCCCGCAGACCAUGCUGAUGUUUCAGCAGCCAGAGUUCCAGGUACCGGUGACUGAACCUGACAUCAACAACAGGCUGGAGUCCCUGUGCCUGAGCAUGACGGAGCACGCGCUCAGCGAUGGCAUCGACCGAACCUCCACGAUCUAGAAGGUGUCGCGGCAGGGACGCUGGCCAGGAGAACAACUGCUGCGGGUCCAGCGGCGAGGUCGGGGCUUGCAGGGAGCCUCACAAAUAGCUUGCAUCCCUUCUCCACUCUCCUCUCCUCUUCUUGCUCUCUCUCUCUCUCUCUUUCUCUCUCUCCUUGUUUUAAUUUUGUGAAUGUGUAGAUUGUCCUUGUGAACAUAUCAUUAGACUUGGAA